UCUCUCUCUCUCUCUCUCUCUUCAGCCAUGGCGGGCCUGCUCCCGCUGCUGCUCCUCGCCGCCUCCUCCGCGGCCUCGGCCUCGUCGUGGGCCCAGCCUUCGGCGGACGCGCUGCUCUCCUCGGGGGCGGAGGCCUACUCCCGCGGCGAGUGGGCCUCCGUCAUCCUGUCCAUGGAGCGGGCGCUGCGGGCGCGGGAGGGGCACCGGGCCCGGACGGCGGCCUCCCGGCGCGGCUGCGCGGAGGAGGAGCCCUGGGGCGCCGAGGAGGAGCGGGACCCGCUGCUGGCCUUCCGCCGCCUCCUCCGCCGCGCCGCCUGCCUCCGCCGGGGCCUCCUCCCGCUCGGGGGCGCCUCGCGCUUCCAGCUGGGCGAGGAGGCCGAGCUCGAGUUCCGCAAGAGGAGCCCCUACAACUACCUCCAGGUCGCCUACUUCAAGAUGAACAAGCUCGACAAAGCCGUGGCGGCUGCCCACACCUUCUUUGUGGCCAAUCCGGAUCACAUGGAGAUGAAGCAGAACCUGGAUUACUACCAGAUGAUGGCCGGUGUCAAGGACUCGGAUUUUGUGGACCUGGAAGCCAAGCCGCACAUGGAGGAAUUCCGCUUGGGAGUCGGCUAUUACACGGAGGAGCAACCCCAGGCGGCCGUCUUGCACCUGGAAAAGGCACUGGAGGCCUAUUGGGAGGCCGACGCGGAGUGCCGGGCCCUUUGCGAAGGGCCGUACGAUUACGAAGGAUACAACUAUUUGGAAUACGCGGCCGACCUGUACCAAGCCAUGGCUGACCAUUACAUGCAAGUCUUGAGCUGCAAGCAGAGCUGCGCCACGGAGCUGGCCUCCCAACCGGGGCGAGACAAACCCCUCGAAGACUUCCUCCCGUCGCAUUUCAACUACCUCCAGUUCGCGUACUACAACAGCGGUGACUACGAGAAGGCCAUUGAGUGCGCCAAGACGUUCCUGCUCUUUUUCCCCAACGAUGAAGUCAUGAACCAGAACCUGGCCUAUUACACCGCGGUGCUUGGAGAGCAGCUGGCGAAAAACAUACAUCCCAGGGAGAAUGUCCAGGUCUACCGGAGGCGAAGCCUGUUGGAAAAAGAGCUGCUGUUUUUCGCCUACGACACCUUCGGGAUCCCCUUCGUGGACCCGGAUACCUGGACCCCGGCGGAGGUGAUCCCGAAGCGGCUGAGGGACAAACAGAAGGUGGAGCGCGAGACGGCGGCCCGCAUCUCGGAGGAGAUCGGCAACCUCAUGAAGGAGAUCGAGACGCUGGUGGAAGAGAAGACCAAGGAGUCCUCGGACAUGAACAGGAUGGUGCGGGAAGGAGGACCUCUGCUCUACGACGGCCUCCACGUCGCCAUGACCUCCAAGAUGCUCAACGGCUCCCAGCGCGUGGUGGUGGACGGCGUCCUCUCCGAGGAAGAGUGCCGGGCACUGCAAAGGCUGACCAACGCAGCCUCUUCGGCUGGCGAUGGCUACCGCGGCAAGACGUCACCGCACACUCCCAGCGAGACCUUUUACGGCGUCACCGUCUACAAAGCGCUGAAGCUGGGGCAGGAGGGCACGGUGCCCAUGGGCAGCGCCUACCUCUACUACAACACCACGGAGAAGGUCCGGCGCCUGGUGGAGUCCUACUUCCGGCUGGACGUCCCUCUGUACUUCUCCUACUCCCACCUCGUCUGCCGCACCGCCAUCGAAGAUAAACAGGAGGAUCGGUUGGAUCCCAGCCACCCGGUCCACGUGGACAACUGCAUCCUAAACGCGGAGGCCUUGGUGUGCGUCAAGGAGCCCCCGGCCUACACUUUUCGGGAUUACAGUGCCAUCCUCUAUUUGAAUGGCGACUUUGAAGGCGGCGCGUUUUACUUCACUGAACUGGAUGCCGAAACAGUCACGGCCGAGGUCCAGCCGCAGUGUGGCCGCGCGGUGGGCUUUUCCUCGGGGGCCGAGAACCCGCACGGCGUGCGAGCGGUCACCAAGGGCCAGCGCUGCGCCAUUGCGCUGUGGUUCACCCUGGACCCCCGCCACAGCGAGCGGGAGAGGGUCCAGGCGGACGACUUGGUGCGGAUGCUGUUCCACACGGCGGAGACGGAGCUGCCCCCAGAGCGGACCCCGGGCCCCGAAGACCCCGGGAAGAGCCCCACCGCGUUGGGGAAAGACGAACUCUAGCCCAGUCGGAACGUCACAGAAAGGGAAAUCAGGCCACGGAUCCAUGUUUAUAUGCUCAGUGCAUCACUGAGAUGUGUUUUGGAGCCCUGGCCAUGCAUUUCCGGCCGCCGGUGAUGCAAAGCGGGGCCCUGACCCCCAAAAUCACACAGCAGGGAGUCCCACAGGCCACCCCUUUUUAAAUAUUAUUAUAAAAUAAAUCUUAUUUUGCAUCUGACCCCAAAAUCAUGUAGCGGGGAGUCCCACACGCUGUCCCUUUUUAAUAAUAUAAAAUAGACCUUAUUUUGCAUCUAACCCCAAAAUCAUGCAGCGGGGAGUCCCACAGUCCCCCCUUUUUGCAAGCACUCCACGUCAUGAAGGGCUUUCAUGGUUCAAGAGGCUUUGCUGAUGAUGCCACAUUCAUAAUAAUAAAAAAUUAUUAUUAUUAUUAUUAUUAUUACAAAAGUGUUAUUUCAAUCUCAUUGCUCACAUUUCAUAUUAUUAUUAUUUAAUAAUGAUAAUAAUAAUUACAAAAGUAUUUUUGUGGUCUCAUUGCGAUGUCAUUGCUCACAUUCCUUAUUAUUAUUAUUAUUAUUAAAUAAUAACAAUAAUAAUAAUACUAAUUACAAAAGUGUUAUUGCGAUCUCAUUGCUCACAUUCCUUAUUGUUAUUAUUUCAUUAUUAUUAUUAUUAUUAUUACUAUUACAAAAGUGUUAUUUCGAUCUCAUUGCUCACAUUUCAUAUUAUUUAAUAAUGAUAAUAAUAAUAAUAAUUACAAAAGUGUUACAGCAAACUCAUUGCUCACAUUCCUUAAUAUAAUUAUUAUUAUUUAAUAAUGAUAAUAAUAAUUUCAAAAGUGUUAUUGUGAUCUCAUUGCUCACAUUCCUUAUUAUUAUUAUUAUUUAAUGAUAAUAAUAAUUUCAAAAGUGUUAUUGUGAUCUCAUUGCUCACAUUCAUUAUUAUUAUUAUUAUUAUUAUUUAAUGAUAAUAAUAAUUUCAAAAGUGUUAUUGUGAUCUCAUUGCUCACAUUCAUUAUUAUUAUUAUUAGCUAAUAAUAAUAAUAUUAUUAAUAAUAAAUUACACUCUGGAACAUCACCUCUCUUCCUAUAAAUCCACCAUAUCCCUUGCCGGAUAGUUUUAAUGGCAAUCUGAUAGAGCCCAAUGGUUGUGUUUCUGAGAUCCUUGGAGAUCUAUAUGUCCCAAAUCAAUCAUGGAUGCCACUUUCUGUGAAAAACAAAGAGCCCCUUGUUGUCGGAUUACUGAAUAAAUUGUUUCCUUUUUCAUUACUA